CCUGCUUGAGCAGCACAAGACUGGACUGGAGGGAGCGGAGAUGUAGACUACCAAUAUGGACGACUGCUAUGCUGAAACUAGCGAGUCGAGAAAUCCUUGGUCUGUGUCUGGUGGAGCGAAGAGGUAUCUGAUGAGCCUAAAUUCGUAAGAAGCUGACAAACGACGGACUAUGUUGCUAUCCCGAGCCUGCUAGUUUCUCCUCCCUUGUGUCACACAGCUCGAUCCAAUUCCACACAUGCCUGCAAUUGCGUUGCCGCGCGUCUUCCCCUCAAUUCUCCCUCUUACUUCGCCGUCUCUCGUCUCGUUCCGGUUCGCCUCGCCACACCAGCUUUUGACCUUCAUGGCGCCUAAGCGGCGACCCCGGGAAAUCUCUUCCGAGUCAGAUGAUACCUCCUCCGCUUCAGAUACCCCUUCCCCGCCGCCGAAAACGUCCAGAACCUCCUUAGGGAAGCGCCAAGGUCAAGUCGAAGCAUCUAAGAAACGUUCCGCACCAGCGUCAGCAAAGGCCACGGGAAAUGGAGCAGGGAAAUCCCUAGGGAAUACCUUAGGAAAAUCCCCAGGGUCCGGGAAGGCUUCCGUAGCCGUAGGAUCGUCUCCGUUUGAUGCGGAGCCGGCAUGGGCGCAGAAGGAUUCGCGCGCGGUGAAUCCGGGGAGGGUGCGCGAGCUGCGGAGAGGGCUGCGGCGGAAGGGCCCCGUGGUAUACUGGAUGUCGCGAGAUCAACGGUCCAGGGAUAACUGGGCUCUCAUCUACGCCGUCCAAAAGGCGCGGGAGCGGGGAGAGCCAGUGGCGGUGGUGUUCAACCUCGUGGACUCGUUUCUAGGCGCCAAGGCGCGGCACUUCGGCUUCAUGCUGCGCGGAUUAAGAGAGGUGCAGAGCAGCCUGCACGCCCUCGGGAUCCCCUUCUUCCUCUUUCAGGGCAAGGCAGAGGAGACAGUUCCGGAUUUCCUCAUGCGAUGUGGCGCGUCCCUACUGGUCACCGACUUCUCCCCACUGCGCAUCGGGCGGCACUGGCGCGAGGCUGUGUGUGCCAGGCUGGCAGCGCGGGAGCUCAGCCAAUCAGGGAGCAGCAGCAACCGCAGGGUCCAACGCGGCCCUGCUGCAACUGACAGAGCAGCAACCAUAGCAGGAGCAGCCGAAGUAGGAGAGGUAGAUGUUGACAGAUUCAACAGUGGUGGCAGUAACGAGGAAGCUAAUAAGGAGGGCACGGACGGCAGGGAGGAAUUGUGGGAUGCGAGCGUGGGGCUGGUAGGCGUCCACGAGGUGGACGCACACAACGUGGUGCCCAUCUGGGCGGCAUCAGACAAGUUAGAGUAUGCCGCCCGCACCAUCCGCACCAAGAUACACCGGAAAUUGCCCGAGUACCUGGUGGAGUACCCCCAGGUGGAGGCGGGGAGCACUGUGGAGUGGGCGGGGGAGAAGCCAGUGCCUGUGGACUGGGACUCGCUGAUAGAAUCUGUUAUAAGGGCUGGUCCGGAGGUGCCUGAGGUGGACUGGGUGGUACCAGGGGAGGCAGCGGCUGCAGCGGGGUUGAGGACUUUCCUGGAGAGGCGGCUGAAGGGGUAUGACAGCCAGCGCAACGACCCCUCUAAAGGGCCGACUUCCCUCUCUGGCCUCUCCCCCUGGCUGCACUACGGGCAGAUCGCCCCCCAGCGAUGUGCUCUGGAGGCGAGAAAGCUGAGGAAAGAGCACAGCAAGGCAGUGGACGCGUUUCUGGAGGAGCUGGUGGUGCGGCGGGAGCUGGCCGACAACUACUGCUUCCACCAGCCGCAGUACGACUCGCUCAAGGGCGCGUGGGAGUGGGCUCAGACGACGCUGGAGGCGCACAGGGGGGACUCGAGGGAGUUCGUGUACACGGCAGCGCAGUGGGAGGCAGCCAAGACCCACGACAAGUUGUGGAACGCUGCGCAGCUGGAGCUGGUUCACUACGGCAAGAUGCACGGUUACAUGCGCAUGUACUGGGCCAAGAAGAUUCUCGAGUGGUCGCGAACGCCAGAAGAGGCUUUAAGGAUUGCCAUCGAGCAGAAUGAUAAGUACUCAUUGGACGGCCGGGAUCCCAAUGGCUAUGUGGGCUGCAUGUGGUCCAUUGCGGGCGUGCACGACCAGGGCUGGGCAGAGCGCAAGGUGUUUGGCAAGAUCCGGUACAUGAAUGCGGCGGGGUGCAAGAGGAAGUUCGACGUGGAGGCUUACAUAGGGUACGUGAGCCGCAUGGUUGCUGCUGUCAAGAAAAAGGGGAAAGCUGCUGCUGCUGCUGCUGCUGCUACGGGGAGUGCUGCUACUUCCCCGGCUGCCACUGCUAAUGUUGCCACUGCUGCUGCCGCUUCACUCAGGGCAGUGCAGUAGUGGACGUGUAACUAUACAGGUUUCAACUAGUAGUGGGCUUGCCACGGCUGCUGCUGCGGAUGGCGUUUCUGUCAACAUAUAUUUGUAUAUGUUAUAGGCUAGAUAGGUGCAUUCUCAUAGAAAGUACAACUCCUUCGGACAAAACCACCCUGUAUCACUCAUUCUAGUACAUU